AUGACGGUCUUCAUCGCGUCUCUCUUUUUACCCUACACGGUCAACUUCCACGUCGAGAACUCUCGCUAUCGCGCCGUCCAAGCAGCUCCGGCUACCGUCAAUGCGGGGGCUGACUCGACUCCUCCGCAGCCCAACGGGGGCGCCAGCUUGUUCCAAAAUCAGACUGCCAAACCCCAAAAAGGCCUUACCCCCGGCGCGACAACCGAUCACGAGCGGAUAUUUACAAGUAAUCCGGACCAGGAGGAACCGGAGGAUCACUCAUAUUUCUCGCUAGCUCCAAUCCCGGAGCACUCUCAGUCUCAACUGCUCACCGAGAGUGAAGCGCAUUCGCCGGCAUGGGGCGCGACAACUUCUUUGAACCAACCAAAGCCCCAGACACUCGUGUCGCCGUCGCCGUCCAUCCUAAAGCAUCAAGAUCCCGUCCUGCCACACAAAGAGACCAUCGCACCCAAGACUCCCGAGGCCAAACCUGCAGCCUUCAGCUCCGCCGUCAACAAGCCCGAGUUGACCGGUCGCAAGCAAUCGUUUUCUCGUGCCGACUGGACAAUUGAAACCGCUGAACAAGGCAAUGGUGGCCUGCGAAAUGCCGUUCGUUCCGCCAAGGAAACUGGGUACUUGGGAGAGUUGAUGUGGGUCGGUACUCUAGGAAUGCCUACUGACGCGCUGGUGAAAUACACGCGCAAAGAAAUUGCUGAGAGAUUGGAAGACGAGUAUAGCUCUUUGACGGUUUUCGUCAGUGACGGGGACUUUGAUGGGCACUACACUCACUUUUGCAAAACCAUCCUCUGGCCCGUAUUCCACUACCAGAUUCCGGACAACCCGAAGAGCAAGGCGUACGAAGAUCAUUCCUGGAUUUACUAUGUGAAGCUCAACCAGGCCUUUGCCGAGAGAAUUGCCAAGAAUUGGAAGCGAGGCGAUUCGAUCUGGGUUCAGGACUACCACCUGUUGCUGGUCCCGGCUAUGCUGCGCAAGAUGCUCCCGGAUGCCCAAAUUGGGUUCUUCCUGCACAUCGCGUUCCCGUCGUCAGAAGUGUUCAAGUGCUUGGCUCCGCGAAAGGAACUCUUAGAGGGUAUCCUUGGAGCCAACUUGAUCGGAUUUCAGACCGAUGAGUACUGUCGUCACUUUUUGCAGACGUGCAGUCGGAUCCUCUGCGUCGAAGCCACCAAUGACGGUAUUCAGAUGGAAGACCGUUUCAUCAACGUGGGAACAUUUCCAAUUGGUAUCGACCCGACUUCGUGGGAUAAGCGUCGUAAGGCAGCGGAUGUGGAGAGAUGGGUUGAUACCAUCUCCGAUCGAUACCAGGGUAAACGACUGAUUGUUUCACGCGACAAGAUUGACUCUGUCCGUGGAAUCCGCCAAAAGCUGCUGAGCUAUGAGCUUUUCCUCAACACGUAUCCGGAAUGGGCCGACAAAGUGGUGCUCAUCCAGGUUGCGACCAGCACCACUGAACAGCCAGAGCUGGAAGCUACCGUUUCUGAUAUUGCCAUGCGCAUCAAUUCCACACACUCAACUCUGGCCCACCAACCUUUGGUUUUCCUGAAGCAAGACUUGGCAUUCCCUCAAUACCUCGCCCUGAUUACGGUGGCCGAUGCUUUGAUGAUCACCAGUCUUCGCGAAGGCAUGAACUUGACCAGCCAUGAAUUUGUGUACUGUCAAGAUGGCAGUUACGGCGACAAGAAAUAUGGUUCUCUCAUUCUCAGUGAAUUCACAGGGAGUGCGUCGGUAUUUGGAAAUCACGCGCUUUUGGUCAACCCCUGGGAUUACCGGCAAUGCUCUGAGGCGAUUUAUACAGCGCUCACGCGGGAUGAAACGAAACGCAAGGAAGUGUGGAAAGAGCUCCACCGCGCUGUCUUGCAAAACUCAACCGCUAACUGGGUCAAGUCAUUCAACGAGACUUUGAUCCGCGUUUGGAACGAGCAAUCUUCGCGAGAGAUCAUGGCUGUACCUCGAUUGUCUGUUCCUCGACUCAUGGAGAAGUAUCGGCAGUCGCACCGCCGCCUUAUGAUCGUUGAUUACGAAGGCACACUCGCCUCAUGGGGAUCUCCACGCAGCAUCAUUCUCACUACCCCACAGCGUGCAAUCAUAACCUUGACAGAGCUGACUGACGACCCUGCCAACAUCGUCUACGUGAUGAGCUCACGCAUGCCCGAGGAAAUGGAGCGGCUAUUCCGCCAGGUCAACCACCUAGGCCUGAUUGCUGAAAACGGAUGCUUUGUCCGCGAGCCCGACUCUGACGAAUGGGUGAAUCUGGCCGACAAGAAUAGUAUCGAAAAUUGGAAGACAGCGGUUUCUCCCAUCUUGGCUUACUUCAAAAUCCGCAGCGAGGGCAGCUGGAUCGAAGAGCGUCACUGUUCACUCGUAUUCCACCAUGGAUCAGCCGAAGAUCGCGCCAGUGCGGCGCGGCUAGCUGCUGAGUGUGCGGACCACAUCAACGAUGCGUGUGCUGGCCAUGGAGUCCAUGCGAUUCCAGUCGAAGGUGCUCUGAUCGUGGAGACUCCCAAUACUAAUAAGGCGUCCGCUGCUGCGAAUGUCUGGAAAUGGGCCUUGGAAAGCUCAAAGAAGAGCGAGGAGCUUUCAAAACCCGACUUCUUGCUUAUUAUUGGUGAUAAUCGUGAAGAUGAACCUGUCUUCCGAUGGGCCAACAAACUCGAAGAUGCCAAGGCGGUGGAUUGUGCGAUGACGGUCACUUUGGGAUCGCGAAGCACGGAAGCUAGAGCGACAUUGACGCAAGGGGUGACAGGUGUUCUGACCUGCUUGCAACAACUGGCAGCAUCGGCAGAACCAAAGCCGACGCCGCCGCAGUAA